AAACUAAAGCAUCAUUAGUCUGUGCUAAGCUGUCUGACCCCUGUCUUUCUUUUUCUCUCUCAUAACUCUCUCUCUCUCUCGGCCAAACAACUCAUUCUCUGUAAACAACUAGCUGUCAAAAGAUAUAUCAACCUUGAACUCAAAACACCCAUUGUUUUCAGAUCCAUUGUAUUGAAAUUCGAGCCUACCCUCUCUUUGUAAUUUACUGUUUUUUUACUGUGUUUCUUUGGCUUCAAGUUUUACUGGAUUUGGUGGUAAGCUGAUUGAGUUGUCCAUGAAAUAAGGAGUAAGGUGAAAUGGCUGCCGAGUUAGUUAGUGCUGCAACAAGUGAUAAGCUGACUGAAGUUGAUUGGACUAAAAGUAUUGAGAUUUGUGAAUUGGUUGCAAAGGAUCAUAGGCAAGCAAAAGAUGUCAUUAAAAGUAUCAAAAAGCGCGUGGGAAGUAAGAAUGUGAAUACACAGCUAUUUGCUGUUACAUUACUGGAAGUCUUGAUGAAUAAUAUUGGAGAACCAAUUCAUAAGCAAGUGAUUGAUACGGGACUUCUUUCCACACUGGUGAAAAUAGUUAAGAAAAAGUCAGACCAACCGGUGCGAGAGAAGAUAUUUCUUCUUCUAGAUGCAACACAAACGUCUCUUGGUGGAGCAGCUGGGAAGUUCCCACAAUAUUAUUCAGCAUAUUAUGAUUUGGUGAGUGCAGGAGUACAGUUCCCUCAAAGGUCUACUGCAGCAAAUAAUCCUCCAUCCUCUAAUGCAAAUCAAAAUAAGCUGAUUAAUGUUGAACAUGCGUCGUCAGGACAAGAAAGAAAUGUGCCACAGCCAGAGCCUCCUGUCAUCCCUGAAUCCAGUAUUAUCAAGAAGGCAGGUGCGGCACUAGAGGUUUUGAAGGAGGUCCUUGAUGCUGUCGAUAAAAAGAAUCCUGAGGGAGCAAAAGAUGAGUUUACUCUUGAUCUUGUAGAGCAGUGUUCCUUCCAGAAGCAGCGAGUAAUGCAUCUUGCUAUGACUUCUCGUGAUGAGAAGGUGGUGUCAGAAGCAGUUGAGCUAAAUGACCAGCUACAGAAACUUCUUACCAGACAUGAUGCACUUAUCUCCGAUAGGCCAACCCCUACUAUAAACCAACUUAAUCAAGAAGAGGUGGAGGAAGAAGAGGAAGCCGAACAGCUUUUCCGGAGGAUACGGAAAGGAAAAGCUUGUGUACAGCCUGAAGAUGAAAACCCGCAAAUAAACCGAACCAUAGGUAUGCUUGGAGCUUCUGAUAGGCUUCACCGUCCACUUAUACGGCCACUGAGUGUGGAGCCAAAGCAAGAACCCCUCGCAUUUCGACCAGCUGUGCCAGCUGUUAGCAUUCCACCACCACCUGCAAAACAUGUUGAGAGAGAGAAGUUUUUCCAGGAGAACAAGUCUGAUGGCUCUACUCUUGCAGGUCAUGUCCGAGGCCUGUCGAUACAUAGUAGAAGUGCCAGCAGCUCUCACAGUGAAAGUCUAGAUUCUAAUGACUGAUUAAGGUGCCGAGUUCGAGUACUAGGGGGGGUGGGGUUUGGUUUUAUUUCUACAGCUAUGGUGUUUCAUUGCUGAUGAUACAGGUAAAGGUUUCAAAUAUGAGAAGUUUCGGUGUUUUCUUUUCAGAAUAGGUAGAGGAUGUUUACUGCAGUAUGGUACUGCUUAAAGGGUCUUGGAUGUUGCUCUUGCUUAUGUACUUUGGUUUUAGGGGGUCGAAGUUUGGUAUAUACAGAGUAUACUCCAGUUGUGGGAUUUUACUUGUUUAUGUGAUGGCCAGAGAUUCAGUUAAUGUGUUUGCCUUUGAGUGCAUUAUAUAUCUGUAAUUACUUCAAAA